CACAUAAUAAAAUAAGUAAAUCGCGAUUGAUGUCUUGGGAGCAAGGUCGGGAGUUACGUUGUCUGAUUUGAAUAAUAAUUUUCCCGGAAAGUGAAUACCUAGUUAUCGGAGGGUGUCAGCUGUUAAUAAAUAAACAUGGUCGUUGGUGCGUUUCCUAUUGCGAAACUAUCAGUUUUACUUAUAAAACAGAUAAGUAAACCAAUCGCUAAUAUUUGCAAAGAAAGAGCCAAAAAUAAUCCUUUUUUCAGAACCUAUGUCUGUAUGCCACCAGCUCAGUUCUACAAUUGGUGUGAAGUGAAAGCUAAAAUGUGGAUAUUAAAUUUAGGAAAACCAGUAAAUAUUCCCGUUCUGAGCCAAGAAAUGGCUAUAGAGCUAGGAGCAAACCUCCUUGGUGAAACCGUUAUAUUUGUUAUUGGUGCUGGUUUACUGGUCAUAGAAUACAACAGGCAAAGCAAAAAGGAGGCUGCAAAAGAGGCUAAACGGGAGGAGGAAUUAAAACACAUAACUCGGACAAUAACAGACCUGUACUUCACUGUUCAGCACCAACAGACCCAGCUAAGAGAAAUGGAAAGAAUGUUUCAUGCGUUGGAUCCGAAAACUCCAAGUUCUUCACCACCGUCUUCAAGUGGGCCCUCGGGACCAAAACCAAACCCAACACCUCCUACACCACCCCCAGUCAUUACUGUUAGACCCCAAAAUCUGAGCUGCUCUAUGGACUACACCGACUCUACAACACCGUACCCAAACAACAGUGUGAUUCUCCAGUCACUGAAUUAUAUACAAAUGGAUGUUUUUAGUACAUUCUUUAAUCGAUCAAGCAACUCAGAAAAUAUUCAAAGGGUGGACAGAACACAAGUGACUUCGAGACGUGAACCUGCGCUUCUGUCUGAAACAUUACAAAACCUGGAAAAUAACUUUAGAAGCCUAUUUUGAAAAGGACAUGUAAAUAUUCAGAUCUAACAGAUCGUAUUGUAGUUACCUAUUUAUUUUUUAAUUAUUUAAGAUGUUCUUUUUGAUGAGAUUUUAAUUUUGUGAAAGGGAGUGUUAUAUGGCAAAUUUUUUUUUUUUACAUAUUUUGUUGCGUUGCUUAGAAACAUUUUGUAGAUAAUAUAUUCCAGGGGAAGUAUGUAGUUUCUUCGAACAGCAAUGCUUGUGCAAUUAUUAUUAUGUACCUACGUAUAUCUUACCAACAAAUAUAUAUAAAGAAGUGAUGAUUUUGAGUAUUUCAUACUUAAUACACCAUUUUAAACAAUGUUAGUAUAGUUGUAAGUGUAAUGAAGUUCUGCGAAUCAAAUUAAUAUUAAAUAAAACCUCGAUAACAUAAUAGAA